GUGAGACCAAAUUCAGGGCGCAAAUGUUUCAUGAUCAAACAAAUGUCCCUCUAGCGGUGGGCUGAGACUGUGACAGUUUAGUGCUGCGGCGGUGAACCGUUCAGCCGCUUCUUCCUGUCGUUCAGACAGAGGGAGAGAGAGGGGGGAAGGACGCACAAUGGCGACCGUGCGGUGCCCCAAUUGCACGGCCGAAAGGAGAGGGUUUCGGCGGGAACUUGAUUCUUGGCGACACAAACUGAUACACUGCGUUGGGUUUGAAAGCAUUCUGGAGGGAAUCUAUGGCCCGCUGCUGCUGAGGGACCUCGAUUUAUUUGAUGACUGUGAACCUGAAGAAGUGGAUGACUGGUCUCCAGAAACAAGUUGCUCUCAAUGUUCAUUCUGCAGCCUCCCUCUGGACAAACUCAGCAGUGAUCAAGUACCUGCAGCCACGUCGCCCCUCUCUUCCCCCUCUGACUACUCUCCCUGUCAUGCUCCAACCCUCUCUGUGAGCAGCCAAUCAGCGCACAGGUUCCUCCAAGCUGUGUUUAACAAGAAAGAUGUCUCUCCAGGCUGUGAUUCCAACAUCCCUCGGGUUGCCCAGGAGCUAAUGAAGAAGAUGAUACAUCAGUUUGCCUUGGAGUAUGCGUCCAAGUGCCUACUCCACAGUAGUACAAAUGGUGUUACAACAAAGACCUCAUCACCUUUGUCAGAAACAUCAGACGCCCCUCUGGACCUCACAGUGAGCCGAACUGCGGAGGAUAAAGAGAGUCAAAGUGACCCAGAUGGCGUGCUCGACCUCUCCAACAGGACCUCGGCCUGCUCAACAACUUCAUCGUCUAAUCACAAGGCCUCAGGGAGGCAGCGCAGGCAGAAGGAGGAGUACAUUGAGAGGAGCUUGGAGCUUUCUGAGGGGUUGCUGUCCAAGGCCUUGAAGGAUAUACGUUCAGGGAGGCUGCAGGAGCAGCGGGCCGCAUUGCUUUAUGGAAUUCCCAUUCACACCCUGCAACAAGGUCUGGACGGCUGGGCUGAGGGAAGGCGGGGGAUGCUGCAUCAACUUGCACCAGGAAUCAGGGAUGAAGUCACAUCAUACAAUGUGAUGUCAUCAAUGUUGGGUGGUGAAGCCCGUCUUGUUCUGCAGAAGGUGGCGGCGUGGGCGGAGAGGGCAGAAAUUGGAGGAGCCGCAGACGAGAACGAAGACUUGAGUUUCCCUUCGAGCUCUCCUACCAUUUAUCAGCCGGGUGGUCUACAGAAAACCCUCCCCCACUCUUUUUUCCAGCUCAGGGAUGCUCUCCAGCCCCCACCAAGCCCCACUUCCAGUCUGGAGCCGCUCACGUCCCUGCGUAUUCCUCAGGUCCGUUCCAUGUCUGACCAUAACAGGCCGAUCCCAGCUGAGAAUGGCAGCAUGGCUGAAAACCUAUUUCAACGUACCUCAUCAAUGGAAGGCGCCGCCAGUUCGUCGACAGCUACUGGGAGACCGUCCCUCUUCAAACUCAGACCGCCUUUCUUACAACACGGCUGUCCAGGCAGUGCCGACCAGUCACCUCAUCGCUUGGGAACACGCGGGUCCUCACUGGAUGAUUCAGAAGACGGUGGCCGGGAUAAAGACAAGCAACCAAGAAAGAAACGUGGGAGAUACCGCCAGUAUGACCACGAACUGUUGGAGGAGGCCAUCACCAUGGUAAUGGCUGGGCGCAUGAGUGUGUCCAAGGCCCAGGGGGUUUAUGGGGUGCCCCACAGCACACUGGAAUACAAAGUCAAAGAGCGUACUGGAACUCUUAAGAACCCACCCAAGAAGAAAUCUGCCAACUUUUGUUCAUCCAAUUCCAACUCGUCUUGUUCUGGUACCAUGACCGGUUCCGCUAACUCAGGGACUCUUUCCUCAGCUGCUGGCGCAAAGAUGUUCUAGACAACAAAACGCCUCUAGAACUCCUCAAAACUUGAACUCAUCACCUCUGACAAGAUACAUGUUUUCUGGAGACACUUGUUUAAACACAACACAUGCCUUUACAAAACAUAUGGACAUUGAUAUUCAGGUCUUUUAACUAUGUGUCUGUAAUGUGAUAAUCAUACUUUUAGCUGUAUUUCUCUUGCUUAUUCCUGGGCUUUCUUAAAGCAGCUACAGGGUACAGCAUUUUUUUAGGAGGCAGUGGUGCUCAUUGCAGCUUUUGUUCACAGUGGCGAAACUGCGAAACUCAACAAACACCUCAUAGCUGAAUUUUUUAUCACUAAACUUAAAAUAUCUUAAAGGAUAUGUUUUGUGGCAUAUUAUCUGUUUAGGGUUAUGUACAAAUCCCACAGAAAGACCAAAACAGACUUUCAUCCUGCUAACAUAUAUUGUCUGUGUGGCCAGAGCCUGAUAUAUUGAAAUUCUCAGGGGCCAUGUGUUGUUUUUUAACUGUUUAUUUUGAGGUUACAAAUCUGCACAAAGGGUGUUAACAAAGCGUGGUUUUUGGCCUAAACUUUUAUCAGGUAUGACUGAAACUUUAUUGCUUUUUUUCCACUACUUUUUAAAUUUAAAAUAUUCUUGUGCCUCUGUUUUGCAGGCGUGCAGUAGAUUGUAAACACAGUAAUUUUUGGAUGACAAUGAAGGUCUAUGGCACAGAGGUAUACGCUGUAUCAGUCUGUGGCUACAACAAAGAUACUUUUAAGGAUAAAUCAGUUGUUGGUUUUGGUCUCUUAAGGGGAUUUGUUGGUAAUAACAGUAUACAAAAAUAACCUUCAGAAGGUUAUUAACUUUGUUUUCAUGUCUAUAUAAUUUGGUUGUUUUCAAAGAGAAAACCUGACUUUGAUUGGUACCCACUAGAUGCCCAGGAUUAAGUAUGAAACCUCUUAAAACUAAGAAAGAAAGUGUGACUCUCAUGUUUGCUAGCUGUUAGGUUAUUCAGGUUUGAUUCAAUUGAUAAAGCUCCUUAAAGGAGCGUUGAUGAUUGUCAUUUGCAGUUUUCUAUCUCUCUCUGGGUAUUUUACCUAGGCUACUGAAGUGACUUAGAGCCAUUUUAACAGAUUUGAAACUCAUUGCUAUUGAGACACCUCUACAAACAGGGAGAUUGUACAGUAUAAACUGCUGUGGUGGCUACGUCUUUACUAUGAGUUUUUGUUGAAGAGAUUAGAUUAAGAAAGCGAUUUUGUGUCCACAUAGUUCUCUUUAUUUGUGCAAGCUAGUCUGAACAUUGUAUUGAGUGUAGUUGGAAUGCAUCUCUGCAGCAUGUUUUAAAGUGUGCACUGAUAAGCUUGGGAAAUGUAAGUUAUUUCAUAUGUGUACUGUUUGUAAAAUAUGUUUUUUAUUAUCACAGAUAUUUACUAAUUCUGCUACUUUAGCUGUAUUACUGUAAACCUCAUACAUGACUGCUGCUUAAAUCUUUACUUUUCUCUGGCACAAAGAGGCGUAGCUACAACAAAGAAGCCUAUUUCAACUAAUUCCAAGAUGACAUGCAUUGUAAUGUCUGAAACCUAAAGGACAGGUUAGGAUUUAGUGCAUGGAUAGGGCUAAAUGUUAUUGAUGGUUGAUCGCGAAUGCUACUGAAGGUUACAGUAGUUUUUGGUUUGACUUGAUUCAGUGCAAGGCUUAGAGGCUUCUUUGUUUGUGUCUGGGGAAAUGCUAAAUGUUGCCUCUGAGAUGGGCCUAUUUCAAUUAACAGUGCUACUACCAAAGCAGCAGUUCAGGGUUACCCACAUGAAGCUGCUUCAAUUUGUUUUGCUGUGAUGUCUGCCUGCCUGCCUGCCAGUCUUUUUCUCUCUCUCUCUCUCUCUCGCUCUCUCUCUCGCUCUCUCUCUCUCUCACCUUGUUGCCACAUAUACCUCUGAACUUUAGCUGCCUAAGUAUCGGGUUACACAUCAAGGCCUCUGUGUUGAUACUGCUGGGGUAUUAGCUAAGGAACGCUUGUGAGCUGGUUGUCUCUCAAGGAACAACAAAUAGGUGUAAAUGUAUUGCCGUCAACAGCGCUUUAACUUCUUUUAGUAAGUUAUUAUACAGUCAGUCAGCCGUUUAGUUGUGAACGAUUUCUUUUCAGAAUAUCUGCCAUGUUCUUAGCUUGCACCAGAAGGCAGAGAUUCUUGGUGUAUUUGUCCUUGUUGGUUAUUUUUUAUCUGUUUGUAAUUUUAAGGCUAAUUGUAAAAAAAAAAUGUAAAGCCUCGUUUGGUUAGAUUGUUUGGCAUUUUAACCUUUGUAACUUUGGAAAUUAUACAAAUGUACUGAUGUCUCCACUCCUGAAUGUCUCCACUCUUAUCAGUACACAGUGCCUGUGUCUGGGGCCACAGCAUAGUGCAGCAUGAUGUUUUUACUCUGGGAAUUAUCUGCUAUUUAUAUCAAAGAACCAGUUUGUAAACAUGCCUAAACACCUCUUUAGAAAUAGAAAAAUUAUUUCAUUGCAUAAGUUGAAUUGCAGUAUAUUCUUGAAUACUUCAAGCUUAAGGCUUUUGUUUGUGAACUGCUGGCAAAUCUUUGAAAUUACUUAACAGAAAUCUGCUCUUUAUGCAUACAUUAAUUAUUGCACUAUGAUUUAUAAGAAGCUUUUUUUAUUGCAGAAACAGUUUGUGUUGUUGCUGCAUACUUAUUUAUUGAUUGUGCUUCAGAAUUUUAUUAGUUUGUUUGUUGUAGUUCUUAAUUUGUAAUCGAGCACUUUGAUGCAAUGUGAAAUGUGUAUGUGUGUGUGCAUGAACGCUUUUAAAUGUUAGCCCAUAUAAUUUAUUUAGUUCUACAAUGACAGACCUUGACUAUUGUGGUUGUUUAGUGCUUACGUUGAACUGAAAUUAUUUAAGUGAUUUACAAAAAAAAUAAUUUAAACGAUUAUUACAAACAACACUACAGAAUGUAACACUUCUACUGCAUAGAGUCCAGUUAAUCCCUGAGAAGGGCUAGAAAUUCUUUCCAUUAUCAAAACUCUUAAGCAAAUCUAAUAUUAAAAUAAAUUACUGUUUUAUAGUGAAACAAAUAACUCACAUGAUCUGAUUUAACUUUUCAUUUGAACAAUACCAUGUUUUUUUUUUGAGUUGUUAGGUUUGUUGGUUGAAGUGCUGUUAAACAUUUUGGUUUAAGCGUUCUACAAUCGUUCCUUCUGCUUUCAGCAGAAUGUUAUUGUUUGCCUUCAGCAACUCAUCAAUAAAACACUUCUCUAAUCA